UAUUGCAGUUGCGUUUAAAAGUGUCGAUUCAAGUGCUUGUGCAUAUAUGUAUGAGAAAAGAAGGCAUCUGGCGACUGUGGCGGCUGGUUGGUGCGCACACACACGCAGCUACACCCCACGAAUGUGCAUGCAUCUGUAUGCGUAUAGCAUUUUAUGAUGGCGGCGGCUGCGAUGUUAUUUUGCUGGCUCGGUCUUCUUGGAAGUAUCGCCGUGAUCCGUAAGGAGAUUCGAGUGUGCCAUCGCUGAGAAAACGCAAUAGCUGUGGAGGAUAAUUUUUAAGCCGAGAGAUAACAACACUGUAGACCGGCUCGCGAGUUUCGGUUUUACUCCCACUGUCCCCUUUAAAUCAUUCUUUACUCGGAUUGGUGCAUCUAUAAGUAUUGAGGAAGAUGAAUAAGCGAAGGAGAACCUCGUCUGUGGCCAGUCGGGGUACUGAGGACGACCCCGAUGAUAUAAUACCAGAACCAACAAAAAGAAGGAAAAAAUUUGAUCCAAGUGACUUGUGUCAUCAGUUAUAUGAUUUAUUGAGAAAUCAUAAAAAAGAAGAUGGUACGUUGUUAUGUGAUGCUUUUAUAAGGGUUCCAAAGAGACGACAAGAACCAGGAUAUUAUGAAGUGGUUACAAAUCCUAUUGACCUUUUAAAAGUUCAACAAAAACUUAAAACAGAUGAAUAUCGUGACAUGGAUGAAUUAGCUGCUGAUAUACAGUUAAUGGUUAAUAAUGCAAAAGCAUUUUAUAUGCGUACUUCUCCAGAAUAUAAAGAUGCAACCGAACUUUGGGAAUUUUGUGUUAACACAAAAAAUCGAAUAAUGGAGGAGUAUGAAGAUGAGCCAAAUAAAGGAAAAUUGAUUCUGAAGGUUGGCCGACUGGCUAAAAAAAUUACAACUCGUCAAGAUGAUACAGAAGAUACAUCUGAAAGUUCUACCAAUCCUGAUGAAGAUACACAAAUUUAUGAAGAUUUAUUUGCCGCAGUUAUGUUAGCAACUGAUCCUGCAGAUAGUAAUAGACCACUCCAUGUUCCAUUCCUUCUUAAACCUUCAAAAAAGCUUUACCCAGAAUAUUAUGACGUUAUAGAACAGCCUAUUGAUCUUAAAACAAUAGCUAUCAAAAUUCAAGAAAAUGCAUAUAAUAAUCUUUCAGAAAUGGAAAGGGAUUUAUUACUCAUGUGCCGUAAUGCAUGUCAUUUUAAUGAACCAGGAUCUUGGAUUUAUAAGGAUGCAAAGUUAUUAAAAAAAAUAAUUACUGCAGCAGCUAAAAGACAGAAUAUUGAUGUUGCUGGACCAGUUUUAAAAUCAAUGUCUGCUGCAUUAUCUACAAGAAGCAAACGUGGGAAUAGAUCGACUCAUGCUUUAAUAGCACAGUCUGCUGCAUUACGAGAUGAGGAUGAAGAAAGUGAUGAUGAAGAAGAAGAUCCAUUAGAUACCGAAGAAAGUGAUAAUCCUCAAUGGCAACUUUUUCAAACCAUAAGGACAGCACCUAAUAGUCAAGGUUUGAGAAUGAGUGAAUUUUUUUGGACUUUGCCUUCAAGACAAUUAUAUGCCGAUUAUUAUAAGACCAUUAAACAUCCAAUAUCAUUACUACAAAUUCGCAAAAAAAUUAAAAGAGGUGAAUAUGGUACAGUCAGUGAAGUGGCUACUGAUAUGAAUCUUGUAUUUGAAAAUGCCAAAAAAUAUAAUGUUCAUACGUCAAGAUUAUAUAAGUUUGCAGUUAAAUUGCAAAAAGUUAUGCAAGAAAAAGUUCAAGAAUUAUUAGAAUAUGACCAGGAGUCAGAGUCUGAAGAAGAAAUUGAUAAUAAUGCACAUCCUAAACUUAUAAAAAGAGCUUCAAAUCUUUUAACACGUGGGAAGUAUAAAGAUAAUAUACCGUUAAAAAAGAGAUUACAUAAGCUUGUUAAAUGUGUGAUAGAAUGUAUUACAGAAGAUGGACGACAGCCUAUAUUAAUGUUUAUGGAAAAGCCUUCUAAAAAAUUAUAUCCUGAUUACUAUCAAGUAAUUUCAGAACCAAUAGAUAUGUUAACUAUUGAGGCAAAUAUCAAAGCUGAGAAGUAUCAUAAUGAAAAUGAACUAAUUCAGGAUUUCAAAUUAAUGUUUAGAAAUUGUCGUCAAUAUAAUGAAGUUGGAUCAUUAAUUUAUGAUGAUGCAAAGACUUUAGAGAAAGUAUUAAUGGAUAAGAUAAAAGAGUUAGGUCCUCUUCAAGAUUCAGUUAAAUCAAAUAAAUUAACGGGUUGUACACCUACGAGAAACGUUGGAAGACCAAGAAAAGUGGUGCCUUUACAUUUACAAAAAAUGCGUACCAUGUACGAUACAAUCAAGGAUUAUCAUGACGCCAAAAAUCGACAAUUAUCUUUAAUAUUUAUGAAAUUACCAAAUAUUAAAGAGUAUCCUGAUUAUUAUGAAGUUAUUAAGCAUCCUAUACAUAUGGAAAGAAUUGCGUCGAUUUUAAAAAAUAAUGGCUAUGAAAAUCUUGAUGAAUUAGUAUCCGAUUUAUUACUAAUGUUCGACAAUGCCUGCAAGUACAAUGAACCAGAUUCACAAAUUUAUAAGGAUGCGUUGAUAUUACAAAGAUUAGUAUUACAAUCAAAAUUACAACUUAGCGAAGAUGAAGAAAGUGUUCCGGAUGUUACAGCAGCUGUUCAAGAAAUAUUAGCAACAAUAUUCACAGCCCUAUAUAAUCAUCAAGAUGAAGAAGGGCGCUGUUAUUCGGAUUCAAUGGCUGAAUUACCUGAACAUGAUAUUAUUGAUGGAAAAAAGAUUCGGGGAUUGUCACUUGAUUUGAUAAAACGACGUUUAGACAAAGGAGUAUAUAAAAGGCUGGAUCGCUUUCAAGAAGAUGUUUUUGGUUGUUUAGAAAGAGCUAGAAAAUUAUCACGUACUGAUUCUCAGCCAUUUGAGGAUAGUGUUGAACUUCAAGCUUUCUUUCUUCGAACUAGAGAUGAAGUCACUAAAAAUGGUGAUUUGUUACAUUCAUCUGCGCUUAAUUAUACUCUUCUUGAAUUAGCUAAUCAAGUAGCAGAAUUAAAAAGAAUAAAAAUUCAACAAGAGCUUUCUUCAUCAAAUGAAGAUGAAAGUUCUGAUGGUAAUGAUAAAGAGGGCGAUUCAAGCAAUAUUGUAACACACAGUGACAGUGGUGGUACAAUGAGCUUCAAUCAAGAAACAUAUAGAGCUGGUGAUUUUGCAUAUAUUGAACCAACAGAACGUGGCAUGGAUACAAGUGUUGUACUCAUUGAAAGACUUUGGACAAAUGCUGAAAGUCAGCAGAUGCUCUAUGGCAAUCUUUUUUAUCGUCCAAGUGAAACUUAUCAUGUUGCUUCUAGAAAAUUUUUGGACAAGGAAUUGUUUAAAAGUGAUGCUCAUGUAGCUGUUCCAUUAUCAAAAGUAGCAGGGAGAUGUUGUGUUUUAAGCGUUAAAGAUUAUUUUAGAAUGAUUCCAGAUGGCUUUCCUGAAAAAGAUGUAUAUGUUUGUGAGUCAAGAUAUUCAACAAAGGCACGGGCAUUUAAAAAGAUAAAAGUUUGGAAUUUUGAUCCUGAUCAUUUGAAGUUAAUACCAAGAGAAAAACCUUUAGAACCCAAACGAGUUAUUUCUGUGUAUAAAGAAAGAUUAGAAAAACACAAAGAAGAAAUUGCUGAGCUUGAAGAAGGAGAAAAACCAACAGAAAGAGAGAAACCAAAUGUAAUACUUUUUAAUGCUGAUGAUACAGAAAAUAUGUAUUAUGAGCAAUAUAAUACAUGUAUUGGACCAGUAAAAUUGGGAGACUUUGUUUAUGUAGCAACUGAUGGCGGUAGACAACAGAUUGCUCAAAUCGAUUCGAUAUGGUCAACUAAAGAUGGAAAGUGUUAUUUUAGAGGACCAUGGUUGUUAGCUCCAACUGAUAUCACACAUGGACCUACAAAAUUAUUUUAUAAGCAAGAAAUGUUUUUAUCUACUGUUGAUGCUAUGCAUCCUAUUGUUGCUAUAGUUGGAAAAUGUGCUGUUCUUGAUUAUGGAGAAUAUAUUUGUAGUCGACCAACGGAAAUACCUGAAGAUGAUAUUUUUAUUUGUGAAUCUAUGUUUGAUGAAAAUAAAAAUGUAAUAAGAAAACUCAGUGCUGAAGGACUUAAAAAAUUUAAUCAUUCUAACCAAGUGACUGAAGAUGAAAUUUACUUUUUUCGCAAGCCAAUUAAUCCUACCAAGGUGCCUAGUGAUGUGGCUCAAAUACAAAAUCAAAGCAAAUCUAUUGCAUCAUCUGCAAGUCAAUUUGAAAUGGAUACAUCACCAUACUUACCGAAGCUGGAGUCUGAUGUGCUAGGCAUGGGAGUGGGAUUAGGAGUGGGAGUAGGAGUGGGUGAAGACAGCUUGGAUGCUCCACCAUCGGUCGGUUCCAUGGAAGCUCAACCGGUGCUCUCCAACACCCAAACACCCGUGUCAUCCAAAAAGAAAACGCCGGGUAAGAAAUUAGUUACGGGCUAUAUUUUGUAUUCGAGUAAAAUGCGAACGACGGUUACGCAAAACAAUCCGGAUUCGACCUUUGGAGAAAUUAGCAGAAUGGUUGGCAAUGAGUGGCGAAAGUUACCACCUAUUGAAAAAUCAGUCUGGGAAGAAAGGGCGAAUAAAUUAAAUGAGGAAGGUGGACAAAUAAAAGGAUCUCUUUCAACUGGUUCAAUGCAGGAUUUAGUAUAUGAAUGUUGUUGGGAAAAUUGUGAUUGGCAAUUUGAAGACAUGGCUGAUUGUAUUGAACAUAGUGUAGCUGAACAAAAUGGCCAUGUUCAAAAUUUUUUUGCUAAUGCCAAUAGUGAUAUUGAGUAUCAAUGUCAAUGGCGAGGUUGUGGUAGAAUGAAAAAAUCUGUGCCUCCAUUUCCAAGUGUACAAAGACUUGCUAGACAUGUCAAAGAAGUUCAUAUACUUAAAUCAAAUGGGCGAAUAGUUCCACCAACUGACAGAAAUAAGAAUUUUUUACCUGCAAAAGGAUCAACAACAUUAACAUCAAUGGAAACAGAAACGUCAGCAGCAGCAACACAAACAAACAAUGUACCUACAACUAAACAACCAGAACCACUAUUUGUUGCAGUUCCUCCCCGUCCAAGUCGUGUAUUACAUUCUGAUGCCUAUUUAAGGUAUAUUGAAGGAUUAACUACCGAAAAUCGGUACAUAUCUAAUUGGGAUAAGCAAAUGAAUGCCACUUCUGAAAAUACACCAAUUCCUGAAGUUACAAAGUUACCUGCUGAGUGGUUAGGUAAUGGUGUAGGUAAUCAUGGAAAUGUAGUGAAUGCCUUAUGGACAUUGAGAAAUAUGAUGAUGCGUGAUGUUUUAGCCAUUAAUAAGACUCUAUAGGUUGUAAUUUAUUAGUAUUUUAUGUUUCAAUUUUUUU